UCUACUCAUUCAUUUCCACCUCCUCCUCAUACACUUCAUUUUCUCUCUCUUUACUUUCUUCUGCUUCAUCUCUCCCUUCUUCUACUUUUUCCUCCUUUAUCUCUUGAAUCCAUUCCUCUUUCCUCUCUUCUCUUCUUCCAUCUACUCAUUCGUUUCCACCUCCUCCUCAUCCACUUCACCCUCUCUUUCUUCACUUUCUUUUGCUCCAUCUCUUCCUUCUUUUCCUUUUUUCCUCUUUUAUCUCCUAAAUCAAAUUCUCUUUCCUCUCAUCGCUCCUUCCAUUUAAUCCUUUGUUUCCACCUCCUCCUCAUACACUUAAUUCUCUCUUUCUUUACUUUCUUCUGCUCCAUCUCUUCCUUCUCCUCCUUUAUUCCUCUUUAUUUCCUCAAUCCAUUCCUCUUUCCUCUCUUCGCUUCUUCCAUCUACUCAUUCAUAUUCACCUCCUACUCAUACCCUUCAUUCUCUCUUUCACCCCUUUCUUCUGCUCCAUCUCUUCAUUCUCUUUCUUUUUUCCUCUUUUAUCUUCUCAAUUCACUUCCAUUCCUCUUUCCUCUCUUCGCUUAUUUCCUCUCCUCAUUCGUUGCCAACUCCUCGUUAUACACUUCAUUAUCUCUUUCUUCACUUUCUUCUGCUCCAUCUCUUCCUUCUCCUCCUUUUUUCCUCUUUAUUUCCUCAAUCCAUUCCUCUUUCCUCUCUUCGCUUCUUCCAUCUACUCAUUCGUUUCCACCUCCUCCUCAUACACUUCAUUCUCUCUUUCUUUACUUUCUUCUGCUCCAUCUCUUCCUUCUUCUCCUUUCUCCUCUUUUAUCUCCUCAACCUAUUCCUCUUUCCUCUCUUCGCUUCUUCCAUCUACUCAUUCGUUUCCACCUCCUCCUCAUACACUUCAUUCUAUCUUUCUUCACUUUCUUCUGCUCCAUCUCUUCAUUCUCCUUCUUUUUUUCCUCUUUUAUCUUCUCAAUCCUCUUCCAUUCCUCUUCCCUCUCUUUGCUUAUUCCCUCUCCUCAUUCGUUGCCAACUCCUCGUUAUACACUUCAUUCUCUCUUUCUUUACUUUCUUCUGCUCCAUCUCAUCCGUCUUUUUUUCCCCUAUUAUCCCAUGAUUUCUUUUAACGUUCUCUCCUCUCCACUCUCUCCUCCUCUUUUAUCUACGCCUUCAUUUUCUCAUUCUCCUUUUAUUAACUCUCUCCUUUUUUACUUCCUUUUUCUCUUCGUCCUCUUCUUCUUCCUUCUUCUUCUCCUACUCCAUCUCUUCUCUUUCUCUCUUCUUCUUCUCCUCCUCCUCCACCUUCUUCUUCAUCUUUUUUUUCUUUUCCUUCCUUCUUUCUCCUUACACUCCUCCUGUCCUCAUGCACAGUCGAUGACCACACCGGCAGGGACGUAUGCUGAAAAGAGAUUCUUCCAAGACCCCUUUAACGCUGUAACACUUGCAGAAAGAAUUUUUGAGGUGCCGACCUAUCAGUCUGGCAAUCUAAAAAUCACACACCACAAGCCAUUCAUACCUUUGUGGGGCCGUUUGGCUCAAACCAUCCCCAAAACCUUACUCUACAUAAGACAAAGCCUACACCACUUGGCUCUUAGGGACUCUCCAAAAUGGAUGUUAGGCAGCCCGAGUGAUCGCUGA